UAAAUUAAAAGAAAGGUUCAAUUAUGCAUCAUUUGGAUGUGGUGCAUUGACACUAAAGGCUAAUGAGGGGGCAAAACAUAUCUCAGCAAUUAUAUCAGAGAGUAAAGAUAGCUAUCUGAUCAAUCAAUGUUCCUCAAAUAAAUUUGUGAUUGUUGAAUUGUGCAGUGAGAUAUUGAUUGACACGAUAUCUUUGGCAAAUUAUGAAUUCUUUUCUUCAACAUUCAAAGAUUUUAGGGUCUCCAUCAGUCAAAUGUACCCACCAAAAGAUGAUUGGAUGUUUCUGGGUCAAUAUCGUGCAAGAAAUACAAGAGAAAUACAGGUAUUUAAAGUAGAACAACCAUUAAUAUUUGUAAAAUUUAUGCGUAUUGAAUUUUUAAGUCAUUAUGGAAGUCAAUUUUAUUGUCCUGUAAGCUUGCUUCAAGUAUAUGGUCUUGACGAAAAAGAAAAAUGGAAAAAAGAACUAGAAGAGAUCUCACAACUUUCUUUGAAUCAACUAAAUGACACUCAGGAAGACUCUAUUAAGAAGUUACUUCCAUCAUUUGAUGAUAGUGAAGAAGAAUUGGAUAAAAUUCUACCAAAAAUGUUAGGUCGUGAAAAUGACAGUAAUACACAAAUUGAUUCCUCUAACAAAUAUGAUAACGAUUAUAAUUAUAAUAAUGGUUCCAAUAAUGAGGACAGGCAGAGUAAUGAUGGUGAAUUGGUGAAUAAAAUUAAAAAGAAAAAGAAAAAUCCUUUAGGAUUGAAAAAGAAAAAUCCUCAUAACAAAAAGUAUUUAAUAAAGUACAAAUCACCAUUAAAUCAUUCUACCAUUAUUAUACUACCAGACAAUUCUUUUAUAACAGAAAGAAAAUGCUAUACAGAUAAAUCACCUACUCAUAUAUCACAUUCUGAUUUACUGACUUCGAAAGAUAUGAAUAUAUUUCCAUCAAGAAUCAAUAGUGCAGUUCCUGCACAAUCCAAGUCACCAACACAAAUCACUAAGGAUGAUAAUGGUUCACAAAUCAAUCUACAAUUAAAUAAUGGUAGAACACAGGAAAGUAUUUUUAAAACAAUUGUGACACGUAUAUCUGCUCUUGAAUUAAAUGCCACAUUGUCACAACGUUACAUGGAAGAGCAUAAUAGAAUAUUAAAAGAGGUAUUUUCCAAAAUUGAAAAGUCACAAUCACGUCAACUGAAAGUGAUUAUGGAUCAUUUCAAUGAGACAAUUGGAGAAAUAAGAAGAGAGUAUGUAGAAUUAUUAAAAAUUACAAUCAAAAGCAUUGAGAAUAAACAAAUUAAUCAAGAGAUGGAAUUGAAUGAACUUUCUGAAAAACUUGAUCGUUUAGCUUCUGAGGUUGCAUUUAUUAAACUACCUGGUCUAUUAUUUAUUUUACUUUUGAUUAUUUUGAUUGGUGUCAGUCAGAACUGGUGUAAUUUGAAAAAUUCUUUCAUGAAAAAUCUUCCUAUUAAAAUACUUUUGAGUGCUUUAAUUGAAUCAAUAUCAUUGUCACCGCAAUUGUCAUCUCAAUCAUCAUUAAUAAUACCAACGGAAACUACAACAGCAUUAUUUGAUGGUGAAUCGAAACAAUUUAACAAUAUUGUACCACAAUGUCAAAAAGCAAAAGAAGUAAAUGAAGUAAAUGAAGAAAAAGGAAAAGAGGAAGGGAUAGUAGACGGUGGUGAAAUAAUGGAUGCUAAAAAUGAAAAUGGCAUGAAAGUAGGCGAAAAUGAACUUAGACAUAGAAUUAACAACUAUAGGUUUUCACAUUUCAACAAUAAUCAUAGAUCAAACCACCAUUUGCGCACUUCAAGAUAUUUACUUAAUAGACCAAUAAGAUCUUCACGUGUAUUAGAAUAA